AUGGAUAUUCUCCCACGUUACUUCCAAGACCAAGGCGAGCUAUUGGACAUCAUCGAUGGUCUCCGAUCGCAAGGACUCAAUAUCUAUAUUUCGCUUCCGCAAUUGGUAGUCUGUGGUGACCAAUCUGCUGGCAAGAGCUCAGUCCUUGAAGGCAUAUCAGGAGUCGCUUUUCCGACGAAGGACAAUCUCUGCACCCGCUUUGCAACAGAAGUUGUACUUCGCAGAGAUGCUAAGAGUCGCGUUCAUGUUACUAUCUUACCCGACGGCGAUCGGACGGACGACGAAAAGGAGCAGCUCCGGGGUUUCAAGGCACCAACUGCCAGUCUGGAAGAGCUUCCUGGCCUAGUAGAGAUGGCGAAAGAUACAAUGGGUCUCAAUCGUGACGGCAAGGCAUUCAGCAAAGACAUAUUGAGAAUCGAGCUUUCAGGCCCGGACCAGCCUCAUCUGACGCUGGUCGACCUUCCAGGUCUGAUUCACGCUGAGAGCAAGCAGCAAUCUGCUGAGGACUUGGAUCUGGUCUUAUCACUCGUUCGCGGUUAUAUCGCUAAUCCUCGAUCGAUCGUUCUUGCAGUGGUCUCAGCGAAGAACGACUAUGCUGUCCAGAUCGUGACCAGGUUCACGAGAGAGGUUGAUCCUAAAGGCCUCCGAACUCUUGGUAUAAUAACAAAGCCUGAUACGCUUCAUGUUGGAUCUGACAGCGAGGCCGCGUAUCUAAGCCUAGCCCGCAACGAAGACGUUCAGUUUCGACUAGGAUGGCACGUCCUACGGAACCGAGAUUUCGACACCAAGCAUCUGUCUAGAUGCGAGCGUGACGAAGCUGAGAAGAAAUUCUUCUCGAACGGAAUAUGGCAGACACUGCCAUUGCAUUCUCUUGGCGUCGAGUCCUUGCGAUCAAGACUGAGCACCGUCCUCAAGGAGCAAAUCAUCUCCGAGCUACCAGCGUUGCUGAGGGACAUUGAGUCAGGCCUUGUGGACGCCCGCGAUCGACUUGACCAUCUUGGAGAUUCACGAAGAACGACACAUGAGCAGCGUUUGUAUCUUAUUCGCAUAAGCGAAGAUUUCUCCUCCCUGCUGAGCUCUGCAAAUGGUGGAACAUAUGGUCGAGAUUUUUUUUGGUGGCUUCAAGAAGCGGCUCAGAGCCGUGAUCCAGGACCUGUCACUGGAUUUGCGCACACCAUGCGGAGAAGUGGUCAUCUUCAACAAAUUCUCGACGACGAUGAGGUGGACAGUGGAGACCACCUGAGUGUCUCAGCAUCGAUUCGGCCCCGAAGCAUUGUACGCUCAGCAUACAUGGAAGGGCCAUGGAGCGACCUUGUCCAGGAAUAUAUGGACCACGUCGUUGCUGCAGCACGGACAACAGUCGAACUCAUUCUGGCUCAUUCAGCUGAUGCUUCAACAGCCGAAAGUCUGCUCCGCGAGAUCAUCAAUCCUGCUUUCGAACACUGCGUGGGAAACGUGCGCCGAAAGGUUCAGGAAGUUCUGCAGCCACAUCAACAAAGCUCGGAGAGAACAAACAAAAGGCAGCAGUUGCAAAUACUGCGUUCUUUCUUCGGGGACAAGUCUCGAUCUGCGGCAUAUGGCGCUUCGUCCCAGAAUGUCGACUUAGAGAGGCUUCUCGAUGCUUUGAACCCCGAGCCAGAAGGCAGCAUGGACCAGUUCGCUUGUUCUGAAGCUACAUACUGCAUGGAAGCCUACUACAAGGUGGCUAUGAAAACGUUAGUCGACAAUAUCGCCGUGCUUGGCAUCGAGUCUUGCUUGUUGGAGGGCUUGAAGGACGCAUUCACAGCCCAGACCGUGAUGAAUCUAGAGGACGGCUUGGUCCAGAAGAUCGCAGCGGAAACCCAGGACUCAGUAACAGAGCGUACACGUACAGAAGAGAAGUUGCGAAUUCUCAAGGAUGGGCUUCAUACCCUAAAUCGAUACAGACGUUCUAAGCACCAAGACCCCCAGGCGAAUGAACGUGACGGCUUAGACGACUGCGAGACACACGAAGCGAAUGAUCCUGACUCACGCACGGCUGUCAAUAAUGGCGUGCACAAUGCUGCUGACAAUGCUCUACAGGAGGAUGAUUCUUUCGCGGAGAGAGCAGGAGUCCAAGAACCAUCUCUUGACGUUUGGAGCAGCUGGAGUGAGUUUAAAUCCAGUCCCAAAGUCCCUGUUAAGCUUAAGAAGAAGAGUGUCAAGUCUCGUGCUGCAAUGUGGAAUGAUAAUGCGCUUGGAGAACAGGAGUAG